AUGGCAACCAUUCGCAGUCUCGAUCAUGCAAAGUCCGAGACUGAGCUCUCGAUCAAUGUCAAAAAGGCCACCAGCACCGACGAAACGGCACCCAAGCGGAAACAUGUACGGAGCUGCAUCGUCUUCACAUGGGACCACAAGUCCUCCCAGUCCUUCUGGGGCGCCAUGAAGGUCCAGCCCAUCCUUGCCGACGAGGUCCAGACCUUCAAGGCCCUCAUUACCAUACACAAGGUCCUUCAGGAGGGCCAUCCAUCCACCCUUCGAGAGGCUAUGGCGAACCGGUCAUGGAUCGACAGUUUGAGUCGCGGUAUGGCUGGCGAGGGUGUGCGCGGAUAUGGUCCUUUGAUCCAGGAAUACGUCAGCUUCCUGCUGUCCAAGCUGUCCUUCCACCAACAACAUCCAGAAUUCAACGGCACCUUUGAGUACGAGGAGUAUGUGAGCUUGAAGGUGAUCAACGACCCCAACGAGGGAUACGAGACCAUCACCGACCUCAUGACUCUACAGGACAGGAUCGAUCAAUUCCAGAAGCUCAUCUUCUCGCACUUCCGCAAUGUUGGCAACAAUGAGUGUAGGAUAUCGGCGCUGGUGCCGUUGGUUCAGGAGAGUUACGGAAUCUACAAGUUUAUCACGAGCAUGCUCCGAGCCAUGCAUUCUACCACCGGCGAUGAUGAGGCCCUCGAGCCGCUCCGGGAGAGGUAUAACGCACAACACUAUCGUUUGGUUAAGUUCUACUACGAGUGUUCGAAUCUGCGUUACUUGACGAGCUUGAUCAACAUCCCCAAGCUUCCUCAAGACCCUCCAAACCUUCUCGCCGAAGAUGAAAACUCUCCGGCACUUCCGGCAAGGCCAAAACAGGAGAUUGAGCGACAGCCGACCCCUCCGCCUCAACCAAAGAACGAAGAGCCUGGCGUGAUUAAUGAUUUCUGGAGCAACCAGCUUGAGGAGCAAAACAGAGAGUAUGAGGCACAGCAGAGAGCGCUUGAGGAAAGACAGCGUCAGCAGAUGCUGGCCCAGGAGCAAGCUCAGAUGCUUGCGCAGCAGCAAUUUGAACAACAGCAGAGGGCUUUGGCAGAGCAGCAACAGAGAGAACACCAAGCGCUUUUGGAACAGCAAGCGCGCAUGGCCACCCAAGGACGUCUCGCUGAGCUUGAACAGGAGAACCUGCGUGCCAGGGCUCAGUAUGAGCAGGAUCAGCUCAUGCUGCAGCAAUACGACCAGCGAGUGAAAGCCUUGGAGGGAGAGCUGCAGCACAUCCAAAGCAGCUUGGGCCAGCAGAUGAACAGCAAAGACGACCAGAUUCGUGCACUGCAGGAGCAGCUCAACACGUGGCGCUCAAAAUAUGAGGCUCUGGCAAAACUUUACUCACAGCUGCGUCACGAACACUUGGAUCUGUUACAAAAGUUCAAGUCGGUCCAGCUCAAGGCCGCAUCUGCUCAGGAGGCUAUUGAGAAGAGGGAGAAGCUGGAGCGCGAAAUUAAGACCAAGAACUUGGAACUUGCGGAUAUGAUUCGGGAGAGGGACCGAGCUCUACACGAGAAAGACAGGCUUUCGGGCUCUAAUAAGGACGAGGUUGAGAAACUGAAGCGUGAGCUCCGCAUGGCGAACGAUCGGGCGGAUAACCUUGAGCGCAGCAAGGGCAACGAGCUAUCGACUAUGCUGUCCAAGUACAACCGUGAGAUGGCCGAUCUCGAGGAGGCACUGCGCAACAAGACCCGGGCUCUCGAGGAGGCCCAGGAUAAGCUGCGCGAUGGCGGCUCUGACCUUGAGCAGCUGCUCCGCGAGAAGGAGGAGGAGCUGGAGGUCUACAAGGCAGGCAUGGACCAGACUUUGAUUGAGCUCAACGAUUUGAGGCAAAACCAGGGCGAGACGGACCAUGCGCUCGACGGUCAGAUUGAUGCUUUGAUCAUGUCGAAUUUGGACAAGAUCAACGAUAUCAUUGACUCGGUGCUGCAGGCUGGCGUUCAGCGUGUGGACGAUGCUGUGUAUGAGCUCGACUCGACUAUGCAAGCCGGUAACCAGAACGCAUCACCGACAUACGUCCUAUCCACGAUCGAGAAGGCCUCUUCAAGCGCGAUGGAGUUUGCCACAGCGUUUAAUAACUUUAUCGCCGACGGACCCAACAGCACCCAUUCGGAGCUAAUCAAGUCGGUCAACAUCUUUGCCAGCGCCCUUGCAGAUGUUUGCAACAACACCAAGGGUAUAACGCGCCUGGCGACCGACGACAGGAAGACUGAUUCUCUGAUGAAUGGUGCACGCCAGUCUGCCCUCUCGACGGUCAAGUUCCUUCGUGGCUUGCAGAGCUUCCGGCUCGAGGGCAUGGACCCGAUCCAGAAGACGGAUGUGGUUAUCAACAGCAACAAUGAUGUUCAGAUGAACCUCCAGAAAUUGUCCAAGCUGGUUGAGACUUUUGCGCCCGGCUUCGGCAAGCUCAAGGGAGAUCUUGGUGAGAUUGUUGAUAAUGAGCUGAGCAAGGCGGCCGAUGCGAUUGCUGCCGCCGCCGCCAGAUUGGCCAAGCUGAAGAACAAGCCGAGGGAUGGAUACAGCACCUACGAGCUCAAGGUUAAUGAUUCGAUUUUGGAUGCAGCCAUGGCCAUCACAAAUGCCAUUGCACAGCUUAUCAAGGCGGCGACGGCGACGCAGCAGGAGAUUGUGCAGGCUGGGCGUGGCACUUCAAGUCGGACGGCCUUCUACAAGAAGAACAACCGCUGGACCGAGGGGCUCAUCUCGGCGGCCAAGGCCGUCGCUUCUUCGACCAACACGCUGAUUGAGACGGCAGACGGCGUCAUCAGCAACAGGAACAGUCCAGAGCAGCUCAUUGUUGCUUCCAACGACGUUGCGGCAUCGACGGCACAGCUCGUGGCCGCGUCCAGGGUCAAGGCAGGUUUCAUGUCCAAGAGCCAGGAGGGCCUUGAGACUGCGAGCAAGGCCGUUGGUGCGGCCUGCCGAGCUUUGGUCAGGCAGGUCCAGGCGCUCAUUAAGGAGCGGGAGGGCGAAGACGAAAAGGUCGACUAUUCGAAGCUGGGAUCACACGAGUUCAAGGUCCGGGAAAUGGAGCAGCAGGUCGAGAUUUUACAACUGGAGAAUGCUCUCAGCGCAGCGAGGUCAAGGCUGGGCGAGAUGAGGAAGAUUUCGUACCAGGAGGACUAA